ACCGGCAAGAUAACGGUACUGCGUGCUUUUGAGCAACUGCAGCAAGGCAGAAGAGGACGUGGAGACUAGACGGAGGAAAGAAAAUAUAAUCAACACCGCGGCAAGGACGUUUGUGAGAUAGGUAUUCUGGAUAUGGGAAUUAAAUAAGUAAAACACAUCUGAUUUAGCCUAUAACCUGUCAGAAAUCGAACGCACUCCUGAUUGAUUGACGAAAGAUGCAGCAUUUGUUGAAUUAUUAAUCUCUGACAAUUAUCAUACCACACUUGUUCCGGCCAGAAGGGGGAUUUGAUAAUUUCGACAAUAAUUGCGGUAGAUAUUGUGUGCAGGACGUUAUGUAGCCUAGCAAGCACCGAGUGAUCUUUUUUUGGGGGGGAAAACAUCGUUUCCUCAUCCUUCUCCAUCGCGCCGUAACCGAACCGAACAUUCAUGGAGCCUGGAACACAGUGACGAUCUUUGCCUGGCACGGGACUGACUCGUUGGGCACCAUCUCUUGUUGCUGGGUCUGCUGUUUCAUUGUAAAGGGAUGAACUGAGCAGUGCUCUUCAUAAAUGGGAACGGAGUGCUCUAUUGUUGGUCAAGUCAACACUCAAGAAAAAUCUGUUAGUAUGGCUGAGAGGACGUUAGAGACGUCUGUCUCUGUCAGCAUCCCCAUGGAGGAGACCAAACUCCCUGGGGGUGUGGGUGUGCCCACGGAGGCCCCGCUGCUCACCCACCUAAAGAAAGUGGAGAACCACAUUACGGAGGCCCAGCGGUUCUCCCACCUGCCUCGGCGCUCUGCUGUGGACAUAGAGUUCACUGAGCUGUCGUACACCAUCAGAGAGGGCCCCUGCUGGAGGAGGAGAGGUUACAAGGCCCUGUUAAAGUGUCUGUCAGGAAGGUUCUGUAGCAGGGAGCUCAUCGGCAUCAUGGGGCCGUCAGGGGCUGGCAAGUCCACUCUGAUGAACAUCCUGGCUGGGUACAGAGAGACGGGGAUGAAGGGUCAGAUCCUGGUAAACGGGCGGCCGAGGGAUUUGCGUAGCUUCAGGAAGAUGUCUUGUUACAUCAUGCAGGACGACAUGCUGCUGCCAAACCUCACCACGCGGGAGGCCAUGAUGGUGGCUGCCAAUCUGAAGAUGAAAGAGAGCAUGGAAGUGAAAAAGGAAUUGGUAGACGAGAUCCUGACGGCCCUGGGACUGCAGGAGUGUGCCCAGACCCGCACCAUCUCUCUGUCUGGUGGGCAGUGUAAGAGACUGGCCAUCGCCCAGGAGCUGGUCAACAAUCCCCCUGUCAUGUUCUUUGAUGAGCCUACCAGUGGUCUGGACAGCGCAUCCUGUUUCCAGGUGGUCUCUCUCAUGAAGUCCUUGGCUCAGGGAGGGAGGACAAUCAUCUGCACCAUCCACCAGCCCAGCGCCAAGCUCUUUGAGAUGUUUGAUAAGCUUUACAUCCUCAGUCAGGGCCAGUGUAUAUACCAUGGCACUGUCCCUUACCUCAUCCCUUACCUGAAGAACCUGGGCCUUCACUGUCCUACCUACCACAACCCUGCAGACUUCAUUAUUGAGGUGGCCUCUGGGGAGUAUGGGGACCUGAACUCGGUGCUGUUUGAGGCUGUGCAGGGAGGACUCUGCUCAGAAGAGAGCAAGAAGAACUCCAGCGACAAGAGUGACCCAGCCUCAUCUGGCCACUCUAACAGUCACAGCGAUACACAGUACACAGGAACGAUGGAGAAACACAGCUUUGCCACCAGUACCUGGUCACAGUUCUGCGUUCUGUUCAGAAGAACACUAUUAACGAUAUGCAGGGAUACGGUGUUAACCCACCUCAGAGUGAUGUCCCACAUAUGUAUAGGAAUUCUGAUCGGUCUGCUCUAUCUCAACAUUGGCAAUGAUGCCAGCAAGGUCUUCAACAACACUGGCUUCCUCUUCUUCUCCAUGCUCUUCCUCAUGUUCGCUGCCCUGAUGCCCACCGUCCUCACCUUUCCUCUGGAGAUGUCAGUGUUUCUGAGGGAACAUCUCAACUACUGGUACAGCCUGAAAGCCUACUUCCUGGCCAAAACCAUGGCGGACAUACCCUUCCAGGUGAUCUGUCCCAUCAUGUACUGCAGUAUAGUGUACUGGAUGACAGAGCAGCCUCCUGAGGCAGUGCGGUACCUGCUCUUCAUGGCCUUGUCCACCUCUACAGCCCUGGUAGCCCAGUCCCUAGGCCUCCUCAUUGGGGCCGCCUCCACCUCCUUACAGGUGGCGACCUUCGUGGGCCCAGUCACAGCCAUCCCAGUGCUCCUGUUCUCUGGAUUCUUUGUCAACUUUGACACCAUCCCCAAGUACCUGCAAUGGAGCUCCUAUGUGUCCUAUGUCAGGUAUGGCUUUGAGGGGGUGAUCCUGUCCAUCUAUGGGAUGAAUCGUUCGGAGCUGGAGUGUCCUGGGGUGGUGUGUAAGUUCCAGAAGCCUGAGGAGGUUCUACAGCUACUGGACGUGGAGGAUGCUAAGCUCUAUGUAGACUUCCUGGUUCUGGGUGUGUUCUUCCUGGUCCUCAGACUGGCUACAUACCUGGUGCUCAAAUACAAAGUCAUAGCAGAGCGAUAAGACACAUUACAUUACUUUUUUUUGGAAGGUUUUAUCUUUUUAUUAAAAAAGGACAAUAACUUAAGACCACAAAUUAUAGUUUCCCCUCCCUUACUAUAAGUCAUUUUAGUUUAAAAUGUCCUUACAGUAAUCCAAUUUGUUUACAGUAUUUAACCUUUAUUAUCCAACAAUACUGUGUAAAAGAACUAUACACAAACAAACAGAUACCCAAUAUAGUAACUACAGUAUAAAGCAUGUGUCUCUAUGGAAUGAAGAGGAGAUGUACAGUAGCUGGUGGGGGACAAUCCCAACAGCCCACACUGCACUCCAUCCAAGAGCUCAACUCCUGUCCUAUUUACGAAGGUUAAGGAUACACAAACCUCUUGGUCCGAGAUGGGACAGGACUGUGUCAGUUUGUUUCCACCCGCAAGGCUACACUUCUCCUGUCCUUAUACAUUUCUACUGAAACCCAAAGACAUCCCAAAGGACAAUUUCACAAACACUGUGGCCGGACAAAAAGGUUGAAAUAUGGACAUGUGGUGAACAUGAGACAUGAGAAGAGGACUUAAGGGCUGGGGGAGGUCUGGACUAAAGAAACUUGUCUGAAAAUAUCCCUCCCUCUCCUUUGGCUGUUUGCAAUGGAACUGAGUCCCACUGGAUCACAGAAUUGGUCUUGGAACAGAGUUCCAGGGGUUUCAAAUCAAUGGACAGUGUUAUCUCUAAAAGAGUAUACACCAGAGAUGGCAGAAAGACAGCCAGAAGAUCCAUAACAAUAUGUUGUCAUUUGUCUCCAUUUCCUGUGAUGUCAUAGUCUUCCCAGGAUCUUUUGGGUAAGCUCACCACCCUGACUAUUCUGGAUGUGGACCACAGAAUAUGGCAGGUUUCAUUAUGUCAAUUGAAUCAAAGAUGGAUGGACAUAAGUGGACUUGAGAAUGUGAACUCCCUGACAGGGUAGUAUGCAAGACUGUGCACACUUUUGGAGAAGUGUUGAGAAUCUGGACACAGCCCCAUAAUCAGAAUGCUUUUCAGAUGAGGAGAGUGAGAGAGGGUGUGGGUCUACUUCCCAAACAUUGACACUCAACAUUAUGUUUCUAUUGUAACCAUGCUGUGUUGUAGUUGAUUGGGAGAACAUUCCAGAAUUGGACUCUGAAACAUAGUGGAUCUUCACAGAAAUUUGACUGGACUGCAGCCCCCUCAACAGAAGAUAAUACAGUGUUUUUCUUGACAUGAGGGGGACUUGAUGGCUGAACUUAAGGAGUGACUUAUUUUUUGUUUGUUUGUGUAAUUGCAAUAGCCAACUCUGUGGUAGACAAUGUGUGCUUUCCUGCAAAUCAAAUGGUGUCACCAUUUGGACCCAAGACAAAAAGCGUAAACUGCUUGUUUUUGCCUGUUAAAAAGAAUGUCGACUCCUUCUCUUCUAGCACAUGUGUGUUGUGAAAACCAUUGUUGCUAGGUACUUGAGAUAAUGGCUGGGCAGUUUUUGUGCCUCUGCACUGGAAUGGUCUGAGCUCUGUUCGCUUCAUUGCACAUUAUUUGCACAUAGACCAUAUGCUAACACUCAUACACAGACAUAGAUACACACACGCACACACACACACACAUGCACAACCAUACACACAGCUAUGUUUAGCCAAGCUUCUCUGUGUCACAAGGCAAUGCAAAUCUUUUUUUCCUUUUCCAAUAGACUAUAUUGCUAUGGAAAGAUUUCUGACUCAAACUAUGCUACGUCGUAAUCCUCAUUAUAAUUGGCACAAUGGAUUUAUAACACCACCAUGUCCUGUGUAUUCAGAACUUGUAAUAAUAAUGUCAGUAUAUAAUCAAAUGAUUGUACAGUGAGUAUGUUAUGCUGUAAAGAAAAUGUACAAAUGCACUUUUUAAUGUAUGUUUAUUGCUUCUUUUUUUGUAUUUUAUUUUAUUUUUAUAUAUCCAUGUGAAAAGUGCUGCUUGAAGGGGUCAGCAACUAAUUGUUGCAUGAUGAUUUGUGGAAGGAAAUAAUGAACUAUAAAAUUUGAAACAUUAUAUAGAGGAAUGGUGACCCUCUCCAAAUAUUUACCCAAGUCGGUACCAGAGUUUUACUUGUUCUUUCUUUUUGACAUUUACUCUGGAUACCCAUGAUUCCUUGACAGUGAUGGUGUACAUUCUAAAGCAGGGAUACAAAGAUGUGAACUAGACAGCAGACACAGAAGUCUGAGGCUGUCUGAAUAGUACUUACAGAUAUUGUAAUUUCUGUUAAAAAAAAUACCAGGAUGUUAUUAUACCUAGUUUCAAGUCCAUUGUGCAAUAUUCUAUUAUAGAGGGAGAGCCAGUUGAGUAGAAAUGUAUGUACUGUAACCAACUCUUCUAUCAUUGCCAUGCGAUGAUACAUUAUGUUUGGCAUGACAAGGAAGAAGAGUUGGCUACCUCACAUACAGUAUGGGACCAGGCUACAAGUGUGGUUGGGGAGCUGUAUGUGAAUUCAGCCUUAAAGCAGGAUUAGAAUGAUAAUGUAUAUUUAGUCUCUGUUCCUGUGGCUUAGUCUUAGUCUCUUAAUAAAGGAAGACAACAGAACAGAUUGUCUUGAAUCUCUUACAAAUAGCAAUAGUCUCUCUGCUUUGUCAGUUUUACCUAAUUUCUCCUCCUCAGAUAUUUUUUACAGUGCUCAUGUUAUGUCUCUGACCUGCUUAGUUGUUUUCUGUAUGGAAAAAGAUGCACAUCCAACGUCUUUGUACAAGAGCUGGAUAUCCCCCCCAAAAUAUGUUCUGCAAAUGAUAGAGAAUUCUUUGCUGUAGCCUAUCCAUGCUAUGUGUGCAAUACCCAUCCAAGGGCAUUUUAUCUCUUUGCAGACUGAUUUUAGGGCGAGAAGAAUGUGACGUGCCACUGUGGCUCAGCCAGAAAAUCUAUCAUGUUAUGUUUGCAUUGUGUUAAGCUCCGCAUAUGACACGUUUUGGGAAAUGCCAGUCAGUGCAGAAUUUUGCACUGUAUUCAUGCAUGGCUAAUGAUGAUCAUUGAUUAUCCUUCAGAGUGUUGCACUGGUAUGAUGGGCAAUGAUUCUGCUGGAUAUUGAUUAUUUAUAUUCGAAUAACAGACCGUUUACACCACCAAAACUUAUUUUUGUCUUGUUGUGUUUAUUUGGUUUGUUUAUCAUUCUGUUGAUGUAAUUGUUCUAUCAACUUCAACAAUGCAAGUUCUGUGUACUGAACGCAGUUCAGAAGAUUACAAUAAAGACAAUUAUUUAUAA